AUGGAUAACCAGACGGAAAACUUUGAAUCUGCAAAUCGAUUCCCCCCGGAGAAUGCGAUCGGAGCUCGGAAACUGAGGAAGUGCGGCUCUACUCUCGGUGUUUUAGUUAACGAUCGGAACAUGGGGAAGUUCUUUACCGGGUUAGUGGUGCUGUUGUCAUUGCUCUCUUUGCUCCCUGUUCCAUCGGAAUCGGCUGUUUCGAGUGUAGAUCUAGGUUCGGAAUGGGUGAAAGUCGCCGUAGUUAACCUGAAACGAGGACAGAGCCCAAUCUCUGUAGCCAUUAACGAGAUGUCGAAGAGGAAAUCCCCAGCUUUAGUUGCAUUCCAAUCCGGCGACAGAUUACUGGGCGAGGAAGCUGCAGGAAUAACAGCUCGUUACCCGAACAAAGUGUAUUCACAGCUGAGGGACAUGGUAGGGAAACCUUUCAAGCACGUCAAGGAUUUCAUCGACUCCGUGUACUUGCCGUUUGAUAUCGUGGAAGAUUCCAGAGGUGCUGUUGGUAUUAAGAUCGACGACGGCUCGACUGUUUACUCGGUGGAGGAGUUGUUAGCUAUGAUCUUGGGCUAUGCCUCGGAUUUAGCGGAGUUCCAUGCGAAGAUCCCAGUGAAGGAUAUGGUUGUUUCGGUUCCACCUUACUUUGGACAGGCUGAGAGGCGGGGUUUGAUCCAGGCUUCUCAGCUGGCUGGUGUUAAUGUCCUCUCGCUGGUUAAUGAGCAUUCCGGUGCAGCUUUGCAGUAUGGGAUUGAUAAGGAUUUCUCGAAUGGGUCGAGGCAUGUUAUAUUUUAUGACAUGGGUUCGAGUAGUACUUAUGCAACCCUUGUCUAUUACUCUGCUUACAAUGAGAAGGAAUUUGGCAAGACUGUUUCUGUCAACCAAUUUCAGGUCAAGGAUGUUAGAUGGGACUCGGGACUUGGAGGACAGAGUAUGGAGAUGCGCUUGGUAGAGCACUUUGCAGAUGAGUUUAAUAAACAGCUCGGUAAUGGAGUUGAUGUGAGGAAGUUCCCCAAAGCAAUGGCUAAACUAAAAAAACAAGUCAAACGUACAAAGGAAAUUUUGAGUGCAAACACUGCGGCUCCAAUAUCUGUUGAAUCUCUCCAUGAUGAUCGUGACUUCAGGAGCACAAUUACCCGUGAGAAGUUUGAGGAGCUGUGUAAAGAUCUGUGGGAGAGAUCUCUUACACCUUUAAAAGAUGUGCUCAAGCAUUCAGGUUUGAAGAUUGAUGAUAUAUAUGCAGUGGAGCUAAUAGGAGGAGCUACUAGAGUCCCCAAACUACAGAGCACGAUCCAGGAAUUUAUUGGAAAACAAGAUUUAGAUAAACAUCUGGAUGCUGAUGAGGCUAUUGUCCUUGGCGCAUCGUUACAUGCUGCUAACUUGAGCGAUGGAAUCAAAUUGAAACGUAGGCUGGGUAUAGUUGAUGGAUCCCCCUAUGGAUUUCUAGUUGAGUUAGAAGGCCCAAAUGUUCAGAAAGAUGAGACCACAAAGCAACAACUCGUACCACGGAUGAAAAAGCUACCCAGCAAGAUGUUCAGAUCCUUUGUCCUUGACAAAGAUUUUGACGUGUCACUUGCAUAUGAGUCCGAGGAGAUCCUACCCCCAGGAAUUACCUCCCCUGUGUUUGCACAGUACUCUGUUUCUGGUUUGGCCGAUACAACUGAGAAAUAUUCUUCUCGGAAUCUGUCAGCACCUAUCAAGGCAACUCUGCAUUUCUCUCUCAGUAGAAGUGGGAUUCUCAGUCUAGAUCGGGGAGAUGCUGUAGUUGAAAUCACAGAAUGGGUAGAAGUUCCGAAGAAGAACGUGACUAUUGAUAGUAACACAACCACAGCAACAGGCAAUGCCUCUGAUGAGAAUUCACAAGAAAAUAAAGAGGAGAUACAAGCUGAUGCUGGAAACAGCACUGCUUCGAAUACAACAGCAGAAGAGCCAGCUGUGGCUGACCUGGGCACAGAAAGAAAGCUGAAAAAGCGGACAUUCAGGGUUCCUCUGAAGGUAGUUGAAAAAACUGUUGGACCUGGAGCACCUUUUUCGAAAGAGUCUCUUGCUGAAGCUAAGAUAAAAUUAGAAGCCUUGGACAAGAAAGAUAAGGAAAGAAGAAGAACAGCUGAGUUAAAGAACAACCUUGAGUCUUAUAUCUAUGCUACUAAAGAGAAGGUGCAAGAUUGGCUUUACAUGGACGGCGAGGAUGCUAAUGCCACAGAGUUUCAGGAUCGGCUUGAUUCACUAAAAGCCAUUGGCAGUCCCAUAUCUUUACGAUCAGAUGAGCUAAAAGCACGUCCAGUAGCAGUUGAAUACGCUCAAAAAUACCUAACCGAAGUGAAGGAGAUCAUAAAAGAGUGGGAGACGAACAAAACUUGGCUUCCAAAAGAAAAAAUCGUCGAGGUCUCAAAGGAAGCAGAGAAAGUAAAAAGCUGGUUGGAAAAGAAUGAGGCUGAGCAGAAAAAGACUGCUCUGUGGAGCAAACCAGUGUUCACCUCCGACGAAGUGUACGCCAAAGUAUUUACUCUACAAGACAAGGUCACGAAGGUGAAUAGGAUCCCUAAACCAAAGCCAAAGAUAGAGAAAGCAACCAAGAAGGAGAACACAACGAAGGAGGAUGAACAAUCAAAAACGUCAGACUCCAAUUCCUCUGAAUCUGAACCUGGCAAAGAAGAAGAAAGCCACGACGAGCUUUGAUUAACAUAUAUAUAUAUAUAUAAUAAAUAGAUUUUUCAUUAAGCUUAAAUUUUGUGUGUUUAAAACAGUCAAAUAGGAGUUAGUAAAGCCCAAGCUGAGAUGAGCGAAAAGGAUUUUAUUCCUUUCUCAACUUCUUCACAUCACUUUAGAAAGGGGAAUAUUUAUGUGUUUUCUUCAUCAUAUCAAGUUUUGGUCUCAUUUUCCUUUCUUUCAAUUGAAUCUUUAAUAUAGUGGACUUUUAUAUCUAACAUCGGUUUUUUUUUUAACGUAUACUAAUCAUUUUUGUUAUUCAAGAUCCGAAUUAACAGUGUUAAAAC